GCCAGACACACCUCUCAUUGUGAUUGGCUGGUGUAUUUAUCCCUCCUUUGCAUGACUGAAGGUGAAGCUAGCCUUCUGUUACAGUCCUGUCUCCCAGUCCAAAAUGUCAUCCAGUGGACUUUUAAACACGCAGGCUCAAAUCUGUAAACGCCUGGCUCACAAGUACCUUUCAAGAACCUACACAUCUCGUCCUUCUCUUAAUGAAGUCGUCAUAGUAAGUGCGGUCCGGACUCCAAUGGGCUCCUUCAAAGGCACCCUGGCAGCAGUUCCAGCCACCAAACUGGGCUCUGUUGCCAUCAAAGGAGCCAUAGACCAAGCAGGAGUUGCUCCUGAGGAGGUGAAAGAAGUGUAUAUGGGCAACGUGCUUCAGGCAGGAGAAGGACAGGCUCCCACAAGACAAGCCCUGCUUGGUGCAGGUUUGAGUCUAAGAACUCCAGCAACAACCAUCAACAAAGUCUGUGCGUCUGGCAUGAAGUCCAUCAUGAUGGCAGCCCAAAGUCUAAUGUGUGGACACCAGGAUGUGAUGGUGGCAGGAGGCAUGGAGAGCAUGUCCAAUGUACCUUAUGUGAUGGCCAGAGAGACUCCAUCGUAUGGAGGAGUGAGGAUGGAGGACCUGAUUGUCAAGGACGGACUUACUGACGUCUACAACAAAUUCCACAUGGGCAACUGCGCAGAGAACACUGCAAAGACCUGCAGCAUCACCAGAGAGGAGCAGGACGCCUACGCCAUCAGCUCCUACACUCGCAGCAAAGCAGCAUACGAGUCUGGCGUGCUGGCCAAGGAGAUCGUACCCGUCAGCAUUCCUCAGAGAGGCAAACCUGAUGUGGUGGUGUCUGAGGAUGAGGAGUGGAGGCGGGUCGACUUCAGCAAAGUUCCUAAACUGAAGGCUGUGUUCCAGAAGGAAAACGGCACGGUGACGGCAGCCAACGCCAGCACGCUGAACGACGGAGCUGCUGCUCUGGUUUUAAUGACGGCAGAGGCAGCAACGAGACUCAACGUCAAUCCUCUGGCCAGGAUUAUUUCUUUUGCUGAUGCUGCUGUUGCACCCAUUGACUUCCCCAUUGCCCCUGCAUAUGCUGCACCAAAAGUCCUAAAUGCAGCUGGGCUGAAGCAGGAAGAUAUCGCCAUGUGGGAGAUCAACGAAGCUUUCAGCGUGGUCGUGCUGGCCAACAUCAAGAUGCUGGAUAUCGACCCUGCAAAAGUGAAUGUCAACGGGGGUGCCGUGUCUUUAGGACACCCAAUUGGGAUGUCUGGGGCCAGAAUUGUGGGCCACAUGGUUCACAACCUGAAGUCGGGUCAGUACGGACUGGCAGGCAUCUGCAACGGAGGUGGCGGAGCGUCUUCUAUUCUCAUCCAGAAGUUGUAGGAGACCCCGAGAGGAGGCGUCUCUAUCGCUCAGAACACUCAUUGUUACAUUGUGUGGUGACUGGCUGUUUUUAAAAAAAUGGUUAAGGCAUCUGUGAACUCCAGAUUACUGUAUAGAAUGUGUACGUUACAACUUUAAAUCCAGGGGCCUUGACUGAAUGAAGUAGGACUCGACACAUGAUUUUAUGACUCCAGUGUUCCAUGCACUCCUCCGUUCUGUAAAAGAAUAAAUUAAUGAUAUUUAACUUUGGGCUGAAUAAAUAGUUUUUAUGAAAGUG